AUGUCUUCUAUCAACGACUCCAGAUGUGUUCUUGUUACUGGUGCUACCUCCGGCAUCGGCCGUGCCCUGGCGAUAGCAAUUUCUGAACUUCCCAGCCAUCCCAAGGUCAUUGGCACUGGUAGACGCCCCGAUAGGCUCAAGGAGCUCGAAACUGCUGGCUUGGAGGUCAUCUCUUUAGACCUUGACGUGGACGCAAAGUCUUUGACAAGAAACGUCCGGGGUAUCAUCCAAAAAUACCCCGACCUGGACACCAUCAUUCUCAACGCUGGCUUUCAACGAGAGUUUGACUUUCUAAACAACGAUGUUGACAUCGACAGUACAUCUCACGACUCUCCAACUCUGAAUGACAAAGUUCAUCGAAAUCUUUUCGCAGUACUAUAUCGAGAGGCUCAGCUGAAUUACUUAUCCGUGAUGGCCUUCAUAGUUGCCACUUUACCCCAUUUCAAAGAAUUGGCCGCCGCUGGACGUCCUUGCAUGGUAGUCAAUGUAACUUCAGGACUAUGCGUCGUUCCUGCGACCCACCUUUCCAACUAUACUGCUUCCAAAGCCGCCCUACACAGCAUGACCAUGUCGCUACAGUCUCAAUUCCAGGGAACUAACAUUCACUUUAUUGAAGUCGUUCCUCCCCUGGUCGAAUCCGAGCUUCAUGACUUCGAAGGAACCACUGAAAGACUUUCCAACUUUUGGAUGCCCCUGGACCAGUACAUCCCGCUCACCCUGAAAGGCUUACAAAAAGGGGAACCCCACGUUUCUUGCGGCGCAGCUGCCUUUGCAUUCGAAAAGUUCGAGAAGAAGAAAUACGAACUUGCCAUCAAGAAAGCCCUUCCUACAGCUCCGACUCCCGACUUUAAACCUGUCACUCGAGGACAGUGGUUUCUGUCGGAGACGUCGCUAAAGGGGGGAUGGGGGUGGAAGAAGUAA